UUCGAGAAGCGCAAGGCUGAGGCUGAGCGCAUCCGUCAAAAAUACACCGACCGUAUCCCUGUCGAGAAGUCGGACAUCGCCACCAUCGACAAGAAGAAGUACCUGGUCCCCAGCGACCUCACCGUCGGACAGUUUGUCUACGUGAUCCGCAAGCGCAUUAAGCUUUCGCCUGAGAAGGCCAUCUUCAUCUUCGUCGACGAGGUCCUGCCCCCAACUGCCGCCCUCAUGAGCAGCAUCUACGAAGAGCACAAGGACGAGGACGGCUUCCUCUACAUCACGUACGUGACUCAUUCUGAAGUUUAUAAGAUAACGAGCUUACACUUUGCA